UUGCUGUUGGUCAGCCUGAUUCCCUGUCAAUGUCCGCCAUGGAUCGCGCGGAACAUUCCUCGACUUCCCAAGUUGAUGCCCCUUUCCAAUCCUCGGCUUCGCUGGAUAACCGUCGCAAAUCGAUUCCAUCGCGCGCUCUUGCUGCGAGCCCUUCGCCGGCUUUUGACCCUGCAUCUCCCGAAGUAAUAUCCUCUUUACUUUCGUCGCUGUCGACCAUCUCAAUACCCCUCCAGACGCACUUCGACAGCGUUCCGCGCAUUGACACCAAGACCGAUCCCGGCUCGCCCGCCUACUUGGCCCCCGAACAACAUCGCAUUCCGGACCAACGCCCGCUCAGCGCGCAUGAACUGGGGUUAAGUCUCGGGGCGUUUCAGCCGCCCGUGGAGACGUCACAGGGUCCCUUCUUGCAUCCAGAUGAUGCAGCAGUUGCUCCCAUCAUCCGUAUGGCCCGCGCGCCGCCCCCUCCCAAAUCGAAAGCUGCCCUAGAUACGCCCUUGUCUCCAGGGAGACCGACAUCAAGGGGCUCCUUCACUUCGUCCAAGGCAGCCUACGAAGACUCCGCCUUUGGCAUGAUCACUGCCGAACCAGGCCCACGACUUUCCACUGCGAACAGUGCCGCCUCGACUGGUUCUAAGAAAAGCCUCAAACACCAACUCAGCAUUCUGAAACGAACUUCACGAGAAUUUUCUAGCGAGAAAGAGCGGCAGGUUGAUCGAUUACGCAAGACAUACAGCUUUAACGACGGCCUUCGACAUAACAUCCCGCGCAAUAGGGCCAGUGCACGCUCUUUGUAUUCUAUGGUCGACGUGGUUGAAGAAGGACGCACCUCACCGAAUCGGUCCGCCACUGAGACAGCUACACAUUCGUCACUGGGCGAGCCUUCGAGUAAGGAACGCCAUUCAUUACAGGGUGCGCAGGAAAGCACACCUAUUACUCCUGGUGGAAUCGGGAGCGGGCGUAUCAUACCUGCUCGUGAAUCGUCCUUGCGACACACUCUUUCUUUGAGUCCAAAGCACCGCAGAUCAUCGACCCGGCAUAGCCGAUUUUCUUCGACCAGCAGUACAGAUAUGAAAGUGGACAGUGCAGUUUCAGGGGUAGGAUGUGAUUCCGACCAGGUGACGAAGAGAAUCCAAGAAUUGAAGGACCAGCAACAGAAGAUCAAGACCGAACUAGAAUUAGACGGUGCCUCUUUGACAUCCCUCAAAGAGCCUAUCGCCGUACCCGCGCAGCAAUCUGCCUCUACGGGGUUUGAUGGAACUGCAGAUUCCCAGCAAAUGGGGCAAAAAUCUCGCUUCAGCUUCGAUGAAAGUGCUCCGGCUCCAGCAGUUUCAACAGGCAAAAGCCGCUCUACUACCCGUAUUAGCCCCCCGUUCCCCUCUAGAUCAUCUACUGCAUCUAUUCACUCCUUCGACAAGUUCGACUCAUCUGAAAAGUCCCCAUACAAAUAUACCCCGGAGCCGCCAUCUCCCUUUCGACAUCAGCGUUCUCCAUCGAGCGCAAGUUCCCCCACGGGUUAUUUCGCUGUGGAAGAGCGCCCAUCCAGUGCUGAUUCCAUCGACCUUGCAGUUCAGGACUAUGUUACGGCCGCUAAGCUAACUCAAAGGGUCACUCACCCCACGUCAGGUCGCACUAUAGCAUUUUCAGAGGUUGGGGACCCAAAUGGUCAUGUGGUUCUCUGUUGCCUUGGCAUGGGUUUGACAAGAUACUUGAUGGCCUUUUAUGAUGAAUUGGCGAGGUCUCUCAAGCUCCGCUUGGUCACCUUGGACCGACCGGGGGUCGGGGAAAGCGCGCCUUACAUGAACGAGCCGGCGACCCCUCUCAGUUGGCCCGAUGAUGUUGCUAUAGUAUGUAAUCAUCUCAGAGUGACAAAGUUUUCAAUCAUGGCACACUCCGCCGGUGCUAUUUACGCACUAGCUACUGCCCUGAGAAUUCCACAACAUGUUAGGGGGAGAAUUCAUUUGCUGGCUCCCUGGAUCCCACCAUCGCAACUGUCCAGUUUCGGCUCACUGAAAGCUCCGGUCCCGACCCAUGCCGUUCCUUACACCCAGCGAAUUCUCCGGGCUCUUCCAACGUCGAUCCUCAAAGUCGCCAAUUCCAGCUUCAUGAGCGCAGCAAGUGCAAGUCUCACGUCCAGUCUGCCCAAGUCUCCCCGGCGAGCCAAGCGCAAGGCGAUGCAGAGAGACAUUUUAAGCUCUGCUGUCAUCGAGCUCAGCAAGCCUCAGCAGCUUCCAGGCAAGAUUCAUCAGCAAGGUGGACUCAAGAGCUUCGAAGAUAAGAAGCCAACGCCUAUAGUCGUUGGAGCGGGCCAUCCCAUUGAUGAACAUCUAUCGAACCAGGCCGCGCUGGCUGCCUCUCAGGAUCGUGAGCGGCAGGUGGACUACGACAAUCGGCUGACCCACAGGAUCUGGGAAUUAGCGACGACUAAUGCAAACCCGGCAGUAGAUUUACUGGUGUGUCUGGAGCGUCGGCAACCGAUUGGGUUCCGCUACGUGGAUAUUACUCGGAAUGUGGUGAUUCAUCAUGGUAGCAGAGACACUCGCGUUCCCGUUGACAAUGUCAAGUGGCUGGGAAAGACGAUGCGACGCUGCGAGGUUCGUGUGCUCGAAGGUGAAGGGCACGGGUUGAUGGCCUCAGCUACGGUCAUGGGCAACGUGUUGAUGGAAAUAGCUAAGGAGUGGGAAGACUGGAUGAUUGUGGUCCAAGGAAAGCGAAAAGGGACCAUCGGGCCGCGCUCCGGCAUCGCAGUUCAAGCAUGAAGGCUUCAAAUAUGACAUGCGCGAAGGCUCAAGGGCAAGUGAAGAAAAGUCAGAUGCAGUGGUUGGGAGACACUCCCUCUUGCUGGUGACUUCCCAGGGACGGGCUUUCUCACAAAACCCUCCAGUUGCUCAGUUCGACCGCUGCAGGCUCUGCGGUAUCACGAAAAAGCAUCGUCAUGUUGGUUGAUCUGCACUUUGAGUGAUUUCAAUCAGCAGGUAUAUGCUCUCAUGUACCCCGUAUAUGAUCAUCUCCGACGUUAUCUCAUGUUUGGUUCGUUUGUUUACUUUUGUUCGCCAUGAUACCACCCAGCUACAUACCCAGCAUAUAGCAUAGCAUG